GCGGCCACGAAAGCGGCCCCUCAUUGUGACCGGGCAGCUGGGCCGCUGUCGAGUCCGCGCUCCAACUGCCCCCCCCCCCUUCCUCGCGCGCAGGGAUGUUUGACCGCGAGCGCGGCUGGAGCGUCUCCUUCGCCGGUUGCGGCUUCCUGGGCGUCUAUCACAUCGGGGCGGCCACCUGCCUGCAGGAGCGCGCCCCGCACCUCAUCCGCGACGCCCGCAAGAUCUUCGGCGCCUCGGCCGGGGCCCUCGCCGGCGCCGUCCUGGUCGGAGGCGGCUCUCUGGCUGAAGCUUGUGCAGAUGUUCUGGGGUUAGCCAAAGAAGCCAGAAAGCGAAGUCUUGGUCCACUUCAUCCUUCUUUUAAUGUGAUUAAGAUAAUAAGAGAUGGACUAUUCAAAAACCUUCCAGAAAAUACUCACCAGUUGUCAGCAGGCAAGCUGUGUAUUUCCCUGACCAGAGUGUCAGAUGGCAAAAAUGUGUUAGUAUCUAAUUUUAACUCUAAAGAAGAAAUUGUUCAGGCUUUAAUUUGUAGCUCGUUUGUCCCUAUUUAUUGUGGCCUAAUUCCACCAUCAUUCAGAGGUGUGCGUUAUGUUGAUGGUGGAAUCAGUGACAACUUACCUCAGUAUGAAUCUAAGAAUACCAUCACAAUUUCUCCUUUCUCUGGGGAGUGCGAUAUUUGCCCAAAGGGGAACUCUGCAAACUUCCAUGAAAUGAAUGUUACUAAUACCAGCAUUCAGUUCAGCUUAGGGAACAUUUACCGUCUAACACAAGCACUCUUUCCACCAGAACCCAAGGUACUAGGAGAGAUCUGUGAACAAGGAUAUUCAGAUGCACUUAGAUUUUUGAAAGAAAAUGAUAUUCUUAACGAUUCGGUUUAUGUCGACUUGUCAUUAAAGAAAAACCCUCAGGAACUCAUAGAGGACACUGACUUUACAAACAAGAAAACUAUUCCACAGAGGAAGGGCACAGAGGAGAUGUUGAAGACAAAAAUGCUUAAUAACCAGCUAAAGCUAAACACAUGGCCAUUGGAUGAAAGAAUUUUUGAGCAUCUACCUCCUAGACUUCGUAAAGCAUUACAAGAAGCUUGUAAAGAGAAGAGCGGGUUCUAUGCCCAGCUCUCUAAACUCUUACCAAUGCGAGUGAUGUCUUAUCUGAUAUUGCCAUAUACCCUGCCAGUGGAGUCUGCCUAUUCUGUUGCUUUAAGGUUAGUAGACUGGUUUCCCGAUAUCCCUGAUGAUUUUCAAUGGAUGCAGGGACAACUACGUCGGAUUGUUAGUACAGUUUAUUCUCGGGCAAGAAAUAAGCUACUCAGUACAUCCAGUAAAGAGAGCUAUGCAUCACUAAGAAAAUGUCAGACUGUUCCACCUAAUGUAGAGUUCCAUUCUCCCUACUGCCAUUCUAAAGUGCCACACUCGGCUGCGGACCUUGAAGGUUGGCUCUGGGAUUUUCCAUACUGCAGAGACUCAGCAGGGAAGGAAAUUUCUGUUGGUAUAAAGGGGCUCUCAGACUCUGAUUCUCAUCAUAUUUUCUUCAUGAAUUCUGAAGAAUCUGGCUUGGAAACGGAUUUUGACUCCUCCUCAGACAAGAGUUUCCAAACUACCUCAGAAGAUUAAUUUUGAAAGCUCUGAAAUCUGUCUGACAGAGAAGCUUAAACCUUGUGAACUGAACUCAUUCUUCCAUCUUGCCAAUAAGUAUUGGAAGACUGUUUUGUUUACAGCUCAAUGACAAAUUGCCUUUGGGGCCUUUACAAUGCUAAGGAUGAUACAAAACAGUUGUCACUGUACUACGUAACAGUCACAUUCUUGUUAAUCUAUUAAAUCACCGGCUUCAUUUCAGCAUUACAAUAGCACAAUAUCUGGAAAAAGAUUUCACUCUAAGCUACCUGUAAUUAAAAAGCUACAUAAAAUCAAACCCUAUAAAUUACUUGUUCUAGACUGAAACAAGCAUUUAUAGAAAAGUUACAUUUUAAAAGGCAUGCUUUUAAAUAAUAAAUGUGUAUGGUGGUGUUAGAUUAAUUUUUAGCACUUGCAUGAAAUCAGGCAACUUGUACUUUAUAAAGGGAAAUGUACAUAAGGAACUUUUUGAGGGCCUCCAAUAUCUGUGUAUUUGCCUUUUGUUUAAAUGUACUGUUUUGUGGAAAAAAGGCACCAACUUUGAUUACAUACUGUAACAUACAAUUCAUAAUGUAAUCCAAGUUCACCAUUCCCAAUAAGUUUUACAAUGUGCCUCUUUUCCUUAAGUAUUGAGAAGGAAAAAAGUCACAAGAACUGGGCCACAUUUAGCCGUAAGUGUUAAGGGGCACAACUCUAUUGACUUCAGUGGAGUUGUGCAUGCUUAGCAAGGCUUAAUUUGAACUAAUGUUUUUAAAGAUAUUUUAAAAAGAAAAAUCUCUAGACCAGUGGUCUUUUGAAAAGACUGUAUCAUUGAGUGGAACUGUAUAGAGCAACAAUUAAGUUGUCAAAAUACAACCAUUGCAAAACAUCUUUGUGACAUUACAUUAUGACUGAACAGUGUCAGGCUUGCGCUCUGAUUUGUGGAUUAUAUACAUCUUCUGUAAAAUGGAAAAGGAGGCCGCCUUCUUUUUUUAUUCCUUGGAGGAGCAGAAAGGGGAUCCCAGUGAUUCCAUUUGGUUUGUUUAGCACUUCUUGUGCUAACUUAUCUCAAGCAGUGUAGGGAAAUUUACGAACAUUUGUGCCCUUCUUGAGAUCAGAAUGAAUAAGCGAAGUUCAAAACAAAUGUGGUGAUAUUGUUACCCUUGUAUUAUACCAUAAAGAGCUGCAUGCAGGUCUAAAUCAACUGUUUAAAAAUAAAAAAUAAAAAAAUCCCUGUCCUCUUCCCCCAAAACAUCAAGUCCUAUCCAUGCUGAAAUUUGUAGCAGUUUAUAAAAAUUAUUCUCUAUAAAGGUGCCAUUGUGGUUUAAAAUCUCAGUAUAGACAGGCUUAAAUUAAGUAUUUAUGAGCUCAUCUGACAAAACUCUGAUAGUUAUGAAGAUAAUUAUUAAACCACUGUUUUAAUGAUAAAAUAAGUACAUAUGUUUUUUAGCAACAUGUUUUGGGCUAAUGGUGGUUUUGAAAAAAACCAUAGGUGGAAGUAACCUCUUGUGGCUUGCUUGAAAAAGACUUGGCAUUUAGGGGCCAAAUGUUAUUUCUAGUACAGUGGUGUAAACUUGGAGUAAAUCAGCUGUACUCCAGGGAGAAGAGAGAACUCUCUCAAGCAUUUAUUGGGAGUGGCCUGUAAAGAAAACUGGCUGGAGAUGGGAAGGACAAGAGAAGAAAAAAUAUUUUUUUUAUAAUAUUAUAGUGUAAAUUUUGAAUAUCUCCAGGUCUUUAAGUUGUCAAAACCUUAACGUUCCCAACUUGGACUAAAUGUUAAGCAGUUCUUUAGGUUUUCAAAGAAAAUUCACAACUCAAAGUACUACAUUUUAAGAAUAAACUCUAAUUAAAAUGCUUUAAAAAUAUUGUUAAAAUGUUGUAAAACUAUAAUGUAUGUUCCCCCAUAAAGUAUUGAAGCAUUUUUAUAUUCUACAUAAUUUUUAUAUCUUUGGUGCUAUCUCACUUGAAAAAAUGGUACUUGAUUUUUGUUAUUGGACUCUUUUAUGUCUUUGAUUCUUCAUGGUGACUUGUUAAAAGAAAAAUAUUGGUAUAACCACUAAUUUUUAUUUAAAAAAAAAAAUAAAACACAAGCUGUGGUUCUAUAUAAUCUCACUUGUAAUGGUAAAUUGAUGUUAUGGAGGUUUUUUUUUUUUUUUUCUUGCCAUGUUUUAGAAAAUACUGUUUUGGUAAAUUAUUUUAAUGUCCUCCUUAUGAGAUAAUAUUUAGGCCACAACUCUACUGACUUACAAACAUACUUAAUUUUACAUCUAUAAGAAGCCCCAUUGCCUUCAAUGGGACUAAUAUACAUUCACAAGUCCUUUGCAGGAUUGUGGCCUGCGUUUCCUGUAACACAAUUCUCUUUCCCCCCCACCCCUUGCUGCCAUUUAAUUUUUUUUUACAAUUUUUCUGUUCAAAAUCAUAGUGGAAUCUUCAAAAUAGCAAGGAAAUACAUGGAAAUCUACUGAUAUUCUUGGAAAGUAUGGUUAACUACACAAUUGUAUCAAGUAUUGUAGACCGCUUUAUUUUUUGCAAUCACGAUAAGGCAAAGUGGCUAAUAAGCAGGCUUGUUUCACACAUUACAGGAAAAUGCACUUUACUAGGGUUGAUACUGUAAGUUUUCUAAGAUAAUUUUUAAAAUCCUUGCUGUUCCUUUGCUAUAGUCUUUUUCAUUUCUUAUAACUCUCUGUUGUUGAGAUCUCUGAAAUGCUGUUUUGCUAAUCAUGUAUUGGACUGAUUUUCCUAUCACUACAUGCACUUUUACACCUCUGUAAGCUUCAUCCUUUUUAAAAAUAAAUAAAUCAUAAAUUGGUUUUUAA